AUGACCGCAAGCAGUCGUAUACUCUAUCCUUUGUCCAACAAAGAGUUUGAUAAUGAACUUUUCAAGAAUCCGUCGAGUGACUACAGGGGAGCUCCCUUGUGGUGCUGGAACUGCAAGCUAGAUAAGGAGAGACUCCUAUUCGAGAUUGACACGCUUAAGGAUAUGGGCUUCGGUGGUUUCCACAUUCACUCAAGAGUCGGCCUUGACACCCCAUACCUAGGCGAUGAAUUUAUGUCCUUGGUUAAAGAGUGCCAUGAUUAUGGCAAGUCUAAAGGUCUUAUUACCUACUUAUACGAUGAGGAUAGAUUCCCCUCUGGAAGCUGUGGUGGCAAAGUUCCCAGGGAGAAUCCUGAGUACCGUGCAAAGUAUCUAAUGUUCACCUCUAUUCCAUAUGGUGAGUUUGAGAUCCCAAAGGAGAAUCCGUUUCCUAUGUCCGCCUCCAGAAACGAGAACGGUGAAUUGCUCUGUGCUUUCAAAGUGUAUUUGAAGGAGGGAUAUCUUUCAGAUUACGAGCGGGUUGACAUUUCGAAUCAGGAGAGCUUAAAUAAGGCUAGGUCCGAAGCGGAGGCCACCCCAGGCUGCAAACUUUGGUAUGGAUAUCUAGAGCAUGCCGUGCCUAGUGGCUGGUAUAACAAUUCUACUUAUGUUGACACGUUGAAUGCUGAUGCCAUUAAGUGUUUCAUUGAGACUACUCAUGUGAAGUAUCGCGAUUUGCUCCAAGCUGAUUUUAAGAAAACCGUGAAAUCCAUUUUUACCGAUGAACCUCAGUUUUCUCAUAAAUCCAUAUUUGAAAAGGCGGAAUCGUCUGACCAGGCCUUUGUUCCAUGGACUACCGAUUUACCGGAAACAUUUCAAAAGGCUUAUUCGUAUUCAAUCUUUGAAAAGAUACCGGAGCUAUUCUGGGAGCUGCCUGAUCGCAAGCCUUCCGUCUUUAGAUACCACUAUCAUGACCACGUUUGUCAACGUUUCACCGACGCUUUCGUCAAGACUAUUUCGAAGUGGUGCAGCGAGAACAACCUUGGUUUCACUGGACACAUGCUUGAUGAAGAGGAUCUCUUAACUCAAACUACUUCUCUAGGUGAAGCUAUGAGAGCAUAUCCUCAUUUCGACAUACCAGGUAUUGAUAUGUUGCAAGAUAAGCACGAGUACCACACCGCCAAACAGUGCCAAUCAGUUGUGCAUCAGUAUGGUAAGGAGGGAAUGAUGUGUGAAAUGUAUGGAGUGACCAACUGGGAUUUCACUUUCCAGGGCCACAAAUCACAAGGGGACUGGUUGGCGGCCUUGGGUGUAACCUUUAGGGUUCCUCAUCUCUAUUGGAUGAGCAUGAGGGGUGAAGCAAAAAGGGAUUUCCCCGCUUCCAUUGGCUAUCAAAGUUCUUGGUACAAGAAAUACACCAUCGUGGAGGACCAUUUCUCUAGGUUGAACAUAGCAUUGACCAGAGGUUCACCGGUUGUUAGGAUUGGUGUCAUUCAUCCUAUUGAGAGUUAUUGGUUAGCAUUCGGAACUUGGGAGCAGACGAAGCUCGAAAGAGAAGAAAGACAAGUCAAUUUUGACCACCUCAUUAAAUGGAUGCUCUUCGGCCUCCUCGAUUUUGACUAUGUUGCCGAGUCACUUCUUGAGGAUACUACCAAAUUGGGGGAGAUUACGGAGCAAUUCCCAUGUGGUGUUAUGAAGUAUGAUGUUAUUGUUGUCCCAUCUCUAAGAACAAUAAGAAGGUCAACGCUCGAAAGAUUGGAAAUGUUUGCUGCAAAAGGCGGUAAAGUUGUCUUUAUGGGUGAGGUUCCAAGCUUGGUAGACGCAGUGCCUACUACUUCGCCUGCUGAGUUAGCUAAGGAGUGCACUGUUAUUCCAUUUACCAAGAGGGCUCUAUACACUACUUUAGAGCCAUAUAGAGAGAUUGGUAUUGAUUUCGUUGAUCCGGUUGACCACGAUUGUUUGUUGUACUCCAGAUUGAAAGAUUCGAUUCUAUACAACAUGAGACAGGAGGUCGACGGCAGUAGAUACUUGUUCUUGUGCAAUACGAGCACCGAGCAGAAGCGUACCGGCUCUAUCAUCACUAUAAAGGGGAAUUGGGACUUGACUAUUAUGGAUACGUUCACUGCUGAACAGAAACAUUUUGCUGACGUCACAAUUAAAAAUGGCAAGACUACUUUCCACUGGGACUUUUCAAUGGUUGGGUCUCUAUUAUUAAAAUUGGUUCCAACUAAGCAGAUCGUAAAUUCUGCUGAACCGAUCGUUGAGGAGGUUCCUAGCGACAUUGUGCCGGUGGAGGAUGAUAUCAAGUAUACAUUGUCCGAACCAAAUGUCUUAAUGCUUGAUUUCGCUGAAUCCUUUAGAAUUGAUGAAGGUGAAUGGCAAGCAUCUGAAGAAGUUUUGAGAAUUGAUAACAUUGUCAGGUCGAUUUUGAAGCUCCAAGCGAAGAACAUGGAAUUUCCUCAACCGUACUCGUUCAAAGAUGAAAGAACAUUCCGUCACUCCGUGACUAUGAGAUUUAACUUUGUUUCUGAGGAGGAUGUCGAAUCACCUAUUCUAGCCAGUGAACUAAAGGAGGAUAUUGAAAUCUCGAUAGACGGUGUAAAGGUCGAAGAGUUGAUUGAUGAUGGUUACUUUGUUGAUAAGGAUAUUUACAAAAUCAAGCUUCCAUCGUUUAAAGCAGGAAGCCAUACCUUGUCCUACAAGAUGCCUAUGAACCAGUUCUCUAAUAUAGAGAGAUUGUAUUUGCUCGGUGACUUUGGUGUUAGGGUUAAUGGAAAGCAUACGAAGAUUGUAAAGAAGCAGGAUACCCUUGUGUAUGGCAACUGGGUCGAGCAGGGCCUUCCAUUUUAUGCUGGUAAUGUCGUAUAUCGUAUACGAAUUCCUGAUGAUGUGUCCAGCUUCCAGGGCUCCGUUAAACUAAGGAUUAGGGAGUUCAAAGCACCGCUCAUUGGUGUUUCUAUUGACGGAAAGGACGUUGGCUCUAUCGCUUUUGACCCAUUCAAGAUAAACCUUGGGAACUUGAAAGGAAAGAGAGAAAUUGAGCUUACCGUCUAUGGUGACAGAUUUAAUUCCUUUGGUCAUAUUCAUUUUGCUAACUCCAAGUUCCCAUGGUGUGCUCCAAAUGCUUGGAGAACUGUUGGCGACCAAUGGACAUACUCUUACUUGCUUCAACCAAAAGGUAUCACAGAAACUCCUACCUUCGAGUUAUAUGCUUGA